AUGAGAGCCACCAAAAUUUGGCAAUCUACACUGCCGCACUACACUGCCGCACGACACAGCCAUUUACAUGAAGUAACUUAUGGAUUUCUAAAUCAAUUCUUUCGCAAGCCUUUAAUAAGUUCACGAAUUAUGAAUUUACUACGCGAACAAUUUGGUAUAAAAGAAAUGCUCGGAAAUAACAACUGGGGCAGUGGUAACGGAAAUCUCAAUGGAAACAAUAACCUUGGAUCUUUCAAUGGUAAUGCCAAUGGAAAUAAUAACGUGGGAAAUCUAAAUGGUAACGCCAAUGGAAACAACAACUGGGGAGAUUUCAACGGUAAUCAAAAUGGAAACAAUAACUGGGGUAGCGCUAAUGGCAAUCUUAGUGGAAACAAUAACUGGAAGCGAGGAUCAUUUAAUGGUAACGGUAACGGAAACGGAAACAUAGGCAGUGGUAACGGAAAUCUCAAUGGAAACAACAACGCUGGUGACUUCAAUGGUAAUGCUAAUGGAAAUAACAACUGGGGUAACUUAAAUGGUAACGCCAAUGGAAACGACAAUGUUGGAGACUUCAACGGUAAUAAAAAUGGAAACAAUAACUGGGGUAGCGCUAAUGGUAACCUUAGUGGAAACAAUAACUGGAAGCGAGGAUCAUUUAAUG